AUGGGUCGUUUCCACACGAUUCUGCACACGCAAGUCAUCAUGGACUACCUGGCGGUCAUUGUCAACAUCGACACCACACGACUAGUCAACAUUGUCACUACGUACGAAGUCUUCGACUUCUCCGGCUAUGACAUAUGUCCAGAGACUCAGGUCAGCUGCAGCGCAUGCGGUGCAGACCGAGCAAUGCGUGGCAACCACGAGAAGCAGGGCCAGUGUGCAGUCGCUUUACAAUCAGUCAACGGUGCCAGCGUGAAGCUCCCAUGA